CCGGCGCCAAGGGGACGCCGCGAAGGAACUACAGCUCCCGGCGGCCCCUGCGCGCCCCGGCUGCUGAGCCGACGUCACCGACCGGGAAACUAAGAUGGCGGCCGGCAGGAGGAAGCAUGUGACUACGGCGGGGGCCGGGGCACCGGCGGGCUACACAGCCAUUCCAGUUAAGCUUUCCAAGAAGCAACAGUCGCCUCACUACCUGUAUGUGAAGGAGCACAAAGUCCGAGAAGGCACCGAUACUACCCACCCUCCAAACCGUACUCUCUUUGUCCUUAAUAUCCCCCCGUAUUGCACAAAGGCAUGUCUGUCCAGGCUGUUUUCCUGCUGCUCGUCUGUCCAGUCUGUGAACGUGUGUGAGAAACCGGGGCCACGAGAGAAACCAGAGGCACCCAAGUCCAAAUUCUUCAAUCUCAAGACAGUUCCGGGAUUCCGAGUGGCUUACGUGGUGUUUAAGAAUCCGGCUGGGGUACAGGCAGCCAAGUCCCUAUCUCUUCAGGGCCCUCAUGUGAUAUCUUCAGAGAGUCACCCCGUGAAAACCGGUAUCCGCAAGUGGAUCGCUAGUUAUGCAGCUUCAGUGGUGGAUCCAGCAGAGCUGAAGGCUGAAGUGGACACCUUCAUGCAAACCUAUGAUAAGAAAAUAGCAGAGGAAGAAGCCAAAGCGGAGAAGGAGGAGGGUAUUCCGGAUGAAGAGGGUUGGGUGAAGGUGACACGGAAAGGCCGAAGGCCUGGACUCCCCCGGAUAGAGGCUGCCAGCUUGCGGGUGCUGGAGAGGGAGAAGCGAAAAAGAGCACGCAAGGAGCUGCUCAACUUCUAUGCCUGGCAGCAUCGAGAGACCAAGAGAGAAAACAUAGCCCAGCUGAGGAAGAAGUUUGAGGAGGACAAGCAGAGGAUUGCGCUGAUGCGGGCCCAGCGCAAGUUCCGGCCAUACUGAGCCACUCUGGGCGCUGCCACAUCCUUGGAUGUUUCCGCAGGAGGGUGCAUUGAGAAGUUUACAGACAGAGCCCGCUGAGGGGCCUCUAGGAAGUGCAGUGACACCAGUUUGUUCCUUCUGCUGUAGCCUGGGCCCUCAAUAAGAAAUCCCCAGUGGUUACAAGUGGAGGGUUGGGUGGAGCUCUUCAUCUGCUAAACAUGCCUUUAGUGGCAGCGAGCCCAGCACAGAGACUCCCAUUAGCAUGACUCAUGUGCAGUUCACAGGGUGCAGCCCCUCCUGUGCUGAGUGGGAUGGGGGCCUCCUGUAACCAGCCUUCACCUUUUAUCUUACUGCACUGUCUCCUCUGGACACCCAUCUUAAACCAGAUCCUCCAGCAAGGGAUGGGACCCACCCCCACUCCUGGACAACCGCAGGAGGGCUGCUGCUGAAUCAAAGGCAGCAGAAGUCCACUCUAUGUGAAUUGUAAAUAAACUUCCCGUUUCCUA